AUGUCGGAUGCUGUGUACUUGUCCGCCAUCUUGGCCAUGUGGAAGUACACGAGGCUCGCCAUUGUGCGGCUGGCUGUAGGCACAUGGUCCUUGAUGUCGCGCAGUUGCCCGCAGACACUGACUACGGCUCAGCAUGUGGGCAAUGCGCCCUACCAACGUGAAUUCCUGUUGCUCUGUGCUCAUGAUAUGGACUUCAGCGCGACGCUGGGAGGAGCUCUAGAUGGCAACUCAGGGAUUACCACGGCGUAUGUGCCCCCGCCAAUUCCGAAGGGCACCUACGACUACGGUGCGGGCUUCUACGACCCCUUGACAGAGCAGAUCAUGUCCUACGACGGCAAGCAGGUCUUGGGCUAUGUUGGCGAGGUGGAGGAGAAGUGGAUCAAGGACCAUUGCCGAAAAGGGUUCGAGGACGUCAAGUUUCCUGGCAUGGAGGGCGAGUCGCCGGACGCGGGCCCAAGCGAAGGCUAG